AAUACAGUAGGACGCAAAGCGGGGCGGUGUAAAGCCGAGGUCGGCUUCGGCGACCUCGCCGGGGACGUCCUGGGAGUCGCAGCUCUCGCGAGGGGUGACACGCGGCAAACACCCAAGCUGCCUUUGGUGCGCCUAGCUAAUUGUCAAGAUAAACUGUAAAGGGGUCCUGCUAGUUAGUGUCGCAGACAAAAAUCGCUGCUAAAGUAAGAGGCCCAAAGCCGAUGAUAAGCUUGUAUGUGACGAUGGCGAGUGCGACCUAACGCUUUGUCAAGCGCAAAUGACCAAUGUCAUGUAUGCGCUACUGCCAUUUGAGAAAUGGCUCCUGUCACACCAGUUGAACUCCGGUCGCAAAACUCUUCAACGUCUGGAUGUGGCAACGUUUCGCCUGCUGGGCAACGCAGCCAGCAGCCAGCCACACGAACAUGCAUCACGCUAUAAUGAGGGCACUGACUGUGGCUGUAUGACAAGCGGUAGCAGAAGCUGCCAGUGUAGCAGCAGAGAGCUCGUCGGACAUGUCUGCAGGGUUUCGUGGAGUCGGACAGGUCUGCCUGGAUGUCACGGGACACGGCUUUGAGAGCCCAUGUCAGUAAACCUAAGCAGGUCACAGCCGCACCCAAAGUAGACGAAACAGACCCGAACCUUCCUUGUACCGGCUCGCUUUGCUUUGCACCUGGACAAUUAUGCUGUGCCUUCAAUAUCGCAUCGUUGUUUUACACUCGGAUAAUAGCUGUAUCCAUGGAUGGCUCGCGCUGUAGAGUUGAGCUUUGAUCACAGCUAGCGCAGCGUCGCCGAAAUGCGGACGAUGAUUGCUGCCAUGACUACGCCUCGAGGCAUGGCAUCUGCGCUGCUCGCGUGCAUAUGGAUGCUUACAGCGGUCUUGGCACAGCCCAGAGUGACGACAGGUGUCCUGGAUAUCUUCUCUGCACUUUACAUAGACCAACAGGACCCUGCGUGCUCCGGCAUUCACAUAGAGACAGACUAUGUGUACAUUACGCCGAAGCUUGACACGGAGGAAAAUCCUGCCUGGUCCGAGGUCAUCUCUGGCAGCAACAUCAUUGGCGACGGUUCGGACGGUGGCUUCAAUAUCCGAACCGGUGACUUUGUGGAGGUUGUCUACGCGGCGAACACCAGCAGGGUCACGGGCCGCCGGAUGCUGUUGAGCGACCAGCCUGCGGUCCUGGACUUCCAGAUUAUCCAGCCGGGCUCGCCCAAGGAGGUCUUCACUGGCGACCCCAUCCAGGUGUCCAGCUACAUCUACGUCAUCAACACCUGCGGCUGGCCGCAAUCCACCACCACCGACAAGCUCCGGCAGCUGUAUUUCACCGGCAGUCAGAACAUCCAGGACUACCAUUCCACCUGCUCCUACAACAAAGUAUUUUUCCCGGAGGCCAAUACGCGCAUCUUUGACAAUAUCAAUGUGCCCUGCAGCGGCACGGUGCAGAGCGGCGUGCUAAAGUACAACUACGACAGCAGCAACAGCUGCGGCGCAGCGGAGCAGUUUGCCUGGCGCAUGGCGGGGGAGGACCUGGCCCGCUCGCUGGGCUACGGCCCGGAGAUGGACAGCACCCAGCGCCGCCGCCUCGUCGUGGUGCUGCCCACCUCGGUCAAGUGCGGCUGGGCCGGUCUGGGCUCUGUGGGCUGCAGCGGACGCUCCUGCUCUGUGUACAUAAAGGGCGGCUACGCCAACAGCCUGCUGGUGCACAUGCACGAGCUGGGCCACACGCAGGGGCUCAGCCACGCCGGCCGCGGCCUGGACGAGUACGGCGACAAGUCUGACAUCAUGGGCACCGCCGGCAGCUCCCCCGGCUACCUGUGUAUGAACGCCGGCAACCAGCUGCGCGUGGGUUGGAACGCCCCCCUCGCCACGUUGACACCGCCCUUGGCCGACUUCAGCAUCGUCGGCCGCCUGCUGGAUGGCACCCGCACGGAGCCUGGGCGCUGGGAGCUGCCUGCAGCUGCUGGCACGGACACGAACCACCUGCUCCUAGAUUUCAAUUCGCGUGGCGGGCAGGCCUUCCCUAACGCCUUCCUCAGCUUCCGCGCGCGCGGCUCCGGCUUUGACAGCAUCCUGUCCGCCGACAUGAACAACAAGGUCCUGGUGCACUUUUUCAACGGCAGCGCCAGCGAGCGUGACUACAACCGCACCCUGCUUGUGGGCGUGCUGGGCGCUGGGCAAGCCUUCACCAGCCCCUUCCUCAACCCAGCCGGUGGCGUCAAACAGUACGGAGGUGGUUGGAAGGUCACUGUGAUCUGGAUCCAGAACGGCAAAAGCGCGCUGAUCCAGAUGUGCCGCAUGUACGCCCCUGAGGUCGCCAAAGCCGCCCCGACCACCGCCCCGGCCGCCGAAGCCGCCCCGCCCACCCCCAGUUGGAGCGCCCACCUAGGCGCAGCAUGCAGCGGGUGCCGCAAUGGAUCCGCCGCCUCCUACGAGGUGCAGCGGCAUGGGCUGCCCUGCCGCCAACGGAAUGGAGGGCUGCCGCCGCCUCAGCUGCACCAGAGGAAGGGUAUACCGAGAGCAUUCAUGUGAUCUGGGCGCCAAUGUGGGGUGUAUGUUUGCGUGCGCCUUCGGCACGCACGGAGCGCAUGACUCAUAGGUGUGUACAAUAAAAGUGCCAUAGGUUCAUGCCAUACGGCUGAAUGUAUGAUUGUCAUGGCAGUCCUCGAAGUCCAAUAAUUUCGACCAGCACGUAUUGCUGCAGGCCAAACUUGUACCUAUGUUCAGGAACGACGCUGUACAUAGCGGUAUGCUCACGUGCUAAUGGCUUGCAUGGCCAGUGCCAGGCUGCCAGCACCACAUUCAUCCCUAGUUAGUUGAUAGCAUGGUAAAACGCUUCUGGCUUACGUAAAAGAAAGUUUUGGUGGUUGCAUGGCUGCCGGCUGUUCACGCCUGGCGAACGGUGUUCUGGUGUUACCGAGUGCUAGUGUCGGCUCGGCUGCUAAGCCAGGACGACAGCGGGCACUGUCGCACCCAAGCGCGACACCUGUUCCUGGCUGGUUGUACUUGCAGCCGCUGUAAGAAGCAGGGCGAUGAGGAGGAGGAGCAAGCUGUGAUGGCGUGAAGGCCGGGACUGGGAUUGCAAUAUUGUGUUGGAUUGUUGACGCGAGCGAGGCGUGGGCGCUAGUGGGCGUGCAUUCUUUGGAGCCGUAAGGGCUAGGGCAUCUGUACUGCCGUUACGCGCCCCGCAAUGCGUGCGGCCCUGCAAUGCCUGCAAUGCGUGCGGCCAUGUGGCUCCUCUCACUGGGGCUCUUGCCUACAGGCUCCCCUGCAUGGUCGGGUUGGCCGUAAGCAUCCAUCGUGCGCGGUUUGCGAGCGGCAAGUUGAUUCUCUCUUCAAGUAUACGGUACCAGUAAUGCGCUUGGGGACGGGGAGGCAGGGGUGCGGUGGGACAGGGCAAGGUAGGGGCAGGUUGGCGUAGUCCCAAGGCUGAUAAGCUGAGCAACGAGUACCGCGUUGCCAUAAUCCAAGUUGCCAUAAUGCUGUAAAAGGCUGACCGUGAACUGAGCGCCUGAGGCUGAGACGGGCUGAGGCGAGCUGAGCUGCUUGCUGACAUCCGCCAUCACUGAACUGGCGCGGGGCUGCUCCCGGGCAGGGUUAUCCAGGACUGUAUACAGGGCGCAGGCAGCGGUGAUCAGCAGAGCACUGGGCGUGUAGGCUUGUAGGCCCAUUUACAGGGCCCACCCCGCCCACUCCCAUUCGUUCCCCUCCAAAAUUCCAAAUGUGACGUGGUGCAUACCGAAGUGCCAUUGUGUGCAGUCCUGGUCUAGGGGCGCACCGACGCCACCUGGGGUUUGGCCUGGCACUGGAUGACCUUGCAGACCUAGUGCCUGACACAAGGGGGCAGGUGGAUCCAAAGUCGUAGUGCAUGCGGGGCCAUGUGCGGCCAGCUCGCACACGCGCACGCUCUUCUAGCCCCCGUGCAGUACACUCUUGUGCAGAGGGAAAGCGUCCGAUACAUGUUGACUCGGUGCGAUGUUGACCGGCGGGCUGUUGGCAUCGUGUCGAUGGCGUUGGGGCAUACGCACCCGCAUACCCGGACCCGCUAACCCGUUACACACAC